GAAGAAGACGACGAAAGGGAGGAAGAGGAAGGAGGAGGAAGGGGCAAUGGCUUUGCAGCAGCAAGCAGUACAGAAGAACACGCUGUACGUGGGAGGAUUGGCGGAGGAAGUGAACGAGUCCAUUCUACACGCCGCCUUCAUACCCUUCGGAGACAUCAAGGACGUGAAGACGCCUCUGGACCAGGCCACUCAGAAGCACCGCUCUUUCGGCUUCGUCACCUUCCUCGAGCGAGAGGACGCCUCCGCCGCCAUGGACAACAUGGACGGCGCCGAGCUCUACGGCCGUGUUCUCACCGUCAAUUACGCCCUCCCUGAGCGCAUCAAGGGUGGUGAACAGGGUUGGGCCGCUCAGCCCAUAUGGGCGGAUGCAGAUACAUGGUUUGAAAGGCAGCAGCAAGAAGAGGAAAUGCAGCGGAUUCAGGCAGAAAACCGAGCUGCAAUGCAGGAAGCGGAAGAGUUGCACAGAAAGAAAAUGGCACAAGAGCGGGAAGGAGAGAAAGAAGAUGAAACAGAGGUGAAGGAUGAUCCCAUGGCUAGGGCUGAAGCAGAGGUUCUGAAACAGAAUGACUAGCUUCUUAGCAACCACUAGAGCACUCAAUCAUGGAAAUUGUGUUCCUUCUCAAGUUUUUCUUUAACCUGUAACAACUAUCCUGUGAAAUUUUCAAAGUGAAACAAAUACGCCAUUUAUAUAGAGCAGUAUCCUUCUAUAUAACCGAAUGAAACGUUCUGUCUGUGUUUAUGUGUUUUAAUUUAAUAGUGACUUCUUCUGGCUUCA